UAGGAAGAAAAUGGCCUAAUCUCUUUUUAUUAUCAGAGAAGAAAGCGAGAAGUCAGGGAAGGACGAGGAGAGAUACCCUGAUAGCCCACGACUCCGACUCACUUGCUCAGCCGUUUAUCUGAAUCUGACUCUGACGUGGAAAGUCGGGCGGGAGAGCCGUAAGACUUUGAUGAGUUGUGUCGUGGAUGUGCUGGAAUUCCGAUUCAGUCCUCACAAACGGUGCUUACUUAACCAACUCUUCCAUACAUCGUCAAAAUGUUAGCCGCCACCGGCAUCAUCUUCUAUUAUUUAUCAAUGCCUUGUAGCUUUCCUCCUCUUAUUUUCUUGUUCUUCCUGCACCAAAGUUUGGUUUUCUUCUCUUCACGUGCUGGUUUCUUUACAUCCUCUGGAGCGACAUACCCCCACGGGCUCUCUCUCUCUCUCUCUGCCUAUCUUGAAAUUUUGAAUUUUGGUGGGAACUGCAACAGCAGUAAAACGGAGAAUUCAUGGUUCCAAGUAGUAUGGCCCUCCGCAGUUUGAUAAACUUCUCCAGAUUUGCUUCGACUUAUUCGAAGCUUGGAGCUUAUUCAUCUUUCACAUCUCAGGCUUCACCAGUAAGUGAACCCGCUACUUUCAGUGAUAGGGGAGAAGACAAGUAUGCAAAUGUGAAUUGGGAUGAACUUGGCUUUGGCCUUGUGCCAACUGACUACAUGUACAUCAUGAAAUGUUCUCUUAAUGAGAAUUUCUCACGUGGUGAACUCAAUCGCUAUGGAAACAUUGAAUUGAGCCCAUCAUCUGGAGUUUUAAAUUAUGGACAGGGACUGUUUGAAGGUCUAAAAGCAUACAGGAGAGAAGAUGGCCGACUCUUCCUCUUCCGCCCUGAACAAAAUGCUUUGCGCAUGAAGAUGGGUGCUGAAAGAAUGUGCAUGCCAUCCCCCUCAGUUGAUCAGUUUGUUGAUGCUGUAAAGCAAACUGUUAUUGCAAACAAACGCUGGGUGCCUCCUCCAGGGAAAGGGUCUUUGUAUAUUCGGCCUUUGCUCAUAGGAAGUGGACCUGUUCUGGGUUUGGCCCCAGCACCUGAUUAUGCGUUUCUAAUAUAUGCUUCACCAGUUGGCAACUAUUUCAAAGAGGGUUUGUCACCUUUGAAUUUGGUGGUUGAUGAUGAGUUCCAUCGUGCUACGCCUGGUGGAACUGGAGGGGUGAAAACGAUCACUAACUAUGGACCUGUUCUAAAGGCACAAACUCGAGCAAAGGCAAAAGGGUUCUCUGAUGUCCUUUUCAUUGAUGCAGUGAAGAAGAAAAAUCUUGAGGAGGUCUCUUCUUGUAACAUUUUCAUUGUGAAGGGUAGUGUUAUUUCAACUCCAGCUACACAUGGAACUGUUCUGUCUGGUAUCACUCGGAAAAGCAUCAUUGAAAUUGCUCGUGAUUAUGGAUACCAGGUUGAAGAACGUUCUGUUCCAGUUGAUGAGUUGAUUGAUGCUGAUGAAGUUUUCUGCACAGGAACUGCAGUUGUUGUUGCUCAAGUAGGGAGCAUUACAUAUCAGGGAAAAAGAUUUGUGUACAAAACUGGAGCUGGGACAGUGUCACAGAGACUGUACUUAAACCUUACAGGCAUUCAAAUGGGUCUUGUUGAGGACAAGAAAGGUUGGAUUGUUGAGGUUGAUGGAGCCUUCUCUUGAGUUGAUAAUAAAAAUGAAAAAUGUGGUUCACAUUAUACAGAAUGUAAAGGUUAACAUGACUGUCUUUUACUUUUAGGGUAAAUCUUUUACACUACCCCUACUGUUCAGCAUAAUGACAUGUGGUAUCCUUACUGUUUAGCUAUUG